AUGUUCAGGUGGGAGUGUGCUGGCUUAAACUUUGCAGUGCCGCAGUUACUGAAGCGAGGCCAGCAUCUGGAUGAUUUCCUGGGCACAUUUCUAAACUCAACAUUCUCGCCCGUUCCGGAGCACAGUCCUGAGGAGCUUCAGAAGCUUCAGAAGGAGCGUGAAGAUGUUGAGAAGAUUGCGGAGGAGUUCAAGCAGAGUGCUGAGUACGCGGUUCCUGUUGACAGGCAGUACUGGAGCAUGCCCCUGCGCGAAGCCGGUGUGAUGCCGUUUGAUGGAUUAUUUGAUGUCAUCAUUUAUAUGAUGGACAAUUUGUUCCACCCGCCGAGAUGGCUGCUUAUUGCGCUCUUCUGUGGCAAGAUAGUAGGGCACAAGACUCUCGACGCCUAUCUUGACACGUUUCUUCUCGGCAAGGUUGAGAUUCUGAAGGCAGAUGCCACAGUCAUCGACUUGAUCGACCUGUUCAUUGAAACCGUUUUUGAGGACGACAGUCCUGAAAGGAACGAUGAACAGAAGGCUGAGAGGAGAGAAAAAGCCAUUCAUGAUCUUGUUGACUUCUUUCCAGGUGUGAUCGGUGCUGUCCUGGGCAAGGAUAAGUUCCAUGACGGCUUUAAGGAGCUUAUUGACAUCCUGCAGAGCAAACGAAUGAACAAACUGCUGGUAUAUCCACUACUUGACAUUGUCGUUGAAGAGCUAUUCCCGGAAAUAGCCCUUAGUCCAACUAGCUCAUAG